AAUAUGGAAAACUUGACAGCUUCGUAGCACUGUGUUGGGAGAAGGAACAGAUACGUGUAGAGCAUGCCGAGCAUUAACUAACAUCGAAUUGUAUGCCCGGAAUAUAGAAACUGGGCAAAGGUGUCUGUGGAUCGGGGCACGUGUCCCGAAAAAUGGCAAAUUUUAUAAACAAUCCCUCGCAGCAGAACUACUACUUCAAGAAGAGCAUCGCCUACACUGAGGAUCACAUUGUGGUAAAGAAGUUGUUCCUCUACAAUGUGGCAGCCGAGCUGAUGCAGCAGGAGGUGCAAACCUAUUUCGAGGGCUUCGGCCGUGUGCUGCGGCUGCAGCUGUUCGCCACCCACGCAAAUCGCAAGCAGCAGCCGCGCGACUGCUGCCGCAAAACAAAAACGGGCUAUGUCUACUUUACCAAUCCGCGCGACGCGGCCAAGGCGCUGCGCAAGACGCUGCACACGGUCAAUGGGCGCCGUCUGUCGGUGCAGGCCAACGACAGCUGGCAUCAGCCAGACGCGUAUGGCAGCAACUCGGAUGAGCCGGCAGCAGCAGCAACUGCAGUUGCUACGGCAUCGCACAUAUUGAAUCUGAAUGAUCAUUGCCUGGAGCACAUCAUACGCUUGCUCUCGCUGCCCGAUCGCAUACACUUUGCUAGGACCUGCACACGCUUUCGCACCGUCUAUCAGCAGGUGUCGCCGGCACUGAAUCGCAGCAUCAGCUUCGACGUCUUCGACGCGAUGACCGUGUGGGAUAUGCGUGACUUCUUCAUACUGUCUGGCCGGCAUGUCCUGCACAUCGAGGGCAUCAUACCACCCGGUCGCUGCCAAAGAUUCUGCGAGUUCUUCGGGCUGCACUGCGUCAAUCUGCGCACGAUGCGCGUCACAGCGAGCAAACUGAGUGUGCGCAACAUGCACAAGAUCUUCGCCAGGCUGGAUCAGCUGGAGGAGCUGCAGCUGCGCGCCUGUGCUCUAAACAAUUCCAGCCUGAUGGCCCUGAAGCAUCUGCGGCAGCUGAAGAGUCUGGAUCUGUCGGACAACCACCAGCUGACCGGAGUCAACAUGAAUUGUCUGCCCCCGAGCAUUGAGUACCUGAGUCUGACCAGCUGCAACGGGCUGCAGUCGAAGUAUUUGCCGAAGAUGUGCAAGGCGCUGCCCCAGCUGCGAGAGCUCAACAUGAAAGCCGUCUAUACAGUAACCACGGGCUUCCAGCAGAUGGUCAGCGGCAAAUGCUGCUUGUCGCUCGAGGUGCUCACCUUGAGCAGUGGCCCGGCCAAUGAAUACGAGCAUAUAGCCAAGUUUCCGGCCCUGAAGAAGCUGGUACUGUACAGUUACGAGCAGGGCACCACGCUGCGGCCGGAGCUGCUCACCUGGCUGGUGGAGCACAAGUCACAGCAGCUGCUGCACUUUGAGGCACGUGGCCAGAACUCCAUAAAUGCGGAAAUGCUAGCACAGAUCGGGCAGCUGCAUGCCUUGCACACGCUCUGCCUGCCGCACAACAAUACUGUGGGGGAUCGGGAGCUGGAGUCGAUCCGGCUGCCCCAGCUGGAGCAGAUCAAUCUCAAGUAUUGGCCAAAUCUGAGCAACAAUGCAGUGCUGCGACUGCUGCUCGCCUGCCCCAAACUGCGCGAGCUGCACCUGGAGGAGUGUCCGCGUCUGACCGAGAAGCUCCUGCACGACAUCAUCUUCAAGCUGCGUCUGCAGCUGCGCGACAAGCUGAACCAGCGACAGUUGCCCAUUCGCAUGCACGUCUAUGGCAGCAAGAUAAACGAGUUUAGUCUGCAGCACCUGGACGUUGCAGCCAAGGACAUUGUCCAUGCUUGUCUGACGCCGCCGUCGUCCUCGGAUCUGUGCCUGGUGCGCAUGUCGAAUCUGCUCGAAUUCGACUUCUAUUCGGAUGACUACGACAGCUUUGGCUCCGAUGACGAGCUGGAUCCCGACUACGAUCGGUACAUGGUGAACGAGGGCUUCCUCAGCGAUGAGGAGUACGACUACCAGGACAUGGUCUUCCACGACGAUGAUCUAUUUGUGAUAAAUAUGGAGAAUGUCGCCGAGUUGUUUAACAACUGGAAUGCAAACGCGAACCGAAAUGCGAAUGCAAAUGCGAAUGCGAAUGCGAACGCUAACGCGAAUGCGAAUCUAAAUGCGAAUCGUAACGUAAACAGAAAUGGGUAAUCUGAGUGAACAAUAUUUCCACUUGUACAUAUUUAAAUAGAUAUAGGGUAUCUAUUUUUGGUCAUUAAGUUAAGUACGACGCUUUCUUAGUAUUCUUAGUAGCUGGUAUAGAUUAGGUAGCUAUCAAUGUGAUUAAAUAAUUUAAGUGUAUUCAGUAGU